UCUGCCGCAAUUGUGUCGCGGCUGGUUACUUCUGCAGAAAUUAUACUUUAAUAAAUCGUAAUGUGCUAAUAUGUUGAUUUUCCAAAUAGUGCUACAGAAAUGCUAACGUCAAAAAUAAGUAAGGUGGGCAAAGUGGUAAUAUGUGGUGCGAAAGGCGUUGGGAAGACCACCAUCCUAGAGCAGUUGAUUUACGGAAACAUUACCAUCGAAACGGAGAUUCAUAGCACAAUUGAGGACACUUAUGUGGCCAGUGUGGAUACAGGAAAGGGUAGUCGUGAUACACUGAGGAUUUACGACACCGCAGGAUUACAGGGCAAUGUCCAGUUGCCUAGGCACUACCUCACCUAUCCGGAUGCCUUCAUUCUAGUGUAUGAUCCAAGCGAUCCAUCAAGCUUGGACAUGCUGGGUGGAAUCAAAAGUGACAUUGAAAAAUAUAAAGAUAAAAAGGAAAUUUUUGUCAUUGUGAUAGCCAAUAUGCGUUCCAGGCAAACGCCCUCAGAUAUGUCUCAUUUGGAGCAUCUACUAAAUAACGAUGCAGUCGAAUCAAACCUCACGCGAGCAAACAAUUGGUGCGCUCGAGAGCGCAUCAAACAUUACCCCGUGAAUGCAAUGGAACGAGCGUCACUAUACGAACCUUUCAUACAGCUCGCAAGCCGUUUGUAUCCUCCUGCCACUAAGAGCAGUUUUCCGCAAUUACGACAGUUGACGCAGAAAACCUCCAAAGUGGAUAAUAGCUAGACGGUGUCGAAGGAAGUGGAUGCCCUUUCGACAUGCAAAGUGAACCAAAUAUCGCCCAACAUAACUUUACCUUUACCUUUGGUAUUACGUUUUUAUUUACCCUUAGAUUCCAGAUAUGUUUAAAUUAUCAGUGAAUGCUUUAUGCCUUCACUUGUGAUUGAUUGCUGCAAUUUACUGUGUUAGAUUAUAAGACCUAACGGUUCUGUACCCUCUUCUAUUGAUUCAGGGAAUUUGUUUGUUAGACUGCACUUUAUGUUAGCUUAUAAAACCCUUAUCUCUAGACUCGAGAGCUUAUAGUAUGCAGCGGUAAUUACACACCUCGUCCUACUUUUAUGCUAUUUUUAGGAUACACCCAGUUGGUAUUUUAGAUGUUUUCCUGUAUUGUUGGUCUAAUGACAUGCAGCAUGUUUUCCUAUCUCCUAAUUGUACUUAUAGAAUAAAUGUGUACUUAAAUCCAAAAGCAGUAUCGAAUAAACUAUUGUU